CGCGCAGCUGACGGAGCGAGGGAGGGGGGAGAGGCUGGAGGGAGGCCGCGUUGCCAGUGUGACACACUCCUCGGACCUAUUCGUCGGGUCGCUCCCCUCGUCAGUCGGUACCGACCGCAGAACCGAACCGAGCCCCGGUACAGCGCGCGGACCCCCGCACCGGGCCAACGGUAGGACGGCUGCCGCUGCUUCGGAUGCCCCCCCGUGCCCAGCAGAAGAUGCGAUCGCAGGAGGACAGCGCUCCGUGAGCUCGGUGAGUAGUCCGGUUCUAGAAUCAACCACAAAGCUCGCCUGACCCCACCCGGGAGGAGGAAAUGAAGAACUGACCACGGAGCGGCGAGCAACAGAAGGUAGCUCCUCCCCUCCUCCGCCCGCAUCCAUGGCGGGGCCCAAGCGCCACCGCGACGGGAAGAUCGCCGGCUUGUACGACCUGGACAAGACGCUGGGACGCGGCCACUUCGCUGUGGUUAAACUGGCCCGACACGUCUUCACCGGGGAGAAGGUCGCGGUGAAGGUGAUAGACAAGCACAAACUGGACCCGGUGGCGCGGGCGCACCUGUUCCAGGAGGUGCGCUGCAUGAAGAUGGUGCAGCACCCCAACGUGGUGCGCCUCUACGAGGUCAUCGACACGGCCACCAAGCUCUACCUCAUCCUGGAGCUGGGAGACGGCGGAGACAUGUACGACUGCAUCAUGAAGUACGACGGGGGCCUCGCUGAGGAGGUGGCCAAGUGUUACUUCGCCCAAAUCGUCCACGCCAUCUCCUACUGCCACGGGCUGCACGUGGUGCACCGGGACCUGAAGCCGGAGAACGUCGUGUUCUUCGAGAAGCAGGGCGUCGUCAAGCUCACCGACUUCGGCUUCAGCAACCGCUUCCAGCCGGGGAAGGCGCUCAGCACCUCCUGCGGCUCGCUGGCCUACUCGGCCCCCGAAAUCCUGCUGGGCGACGAGUACGACGCUCCCGCCGUGGAUAUCUGGAGCCUGGGGGUGAUCCUCUUCAUGCUGGUCUGCGGCCAGCCGCCCUUCCAGGAGGCCAACGACAGCGAGACGCUGACGAUGAUCAUGGACUGCAAAUACACAGUGCCUGCACACGUCUCCCGUGCAUGCACAGACCUCAUCGCCCGGAUGCUGCAGAGGGACCCCAAGAAACGGGCGACCCUGGAGGAGAUCGGGGCCCACGGGUGGCUUCAGGGCGUCGACCCCUCCCCGGCCACCAAGCUGUCCACCCCCCUGGUGUCCCAUCGCAGCCUGUCGGAGGAGGAGCACGGCUCCAUCAUCCAGCGCAUGGUGCUGGGGGGCAUCGCAGACCGAGACACCAUAACCGAGGCUCUGGAGUCGAAUCAGUACAACCACAUCACGGCGACAUACUUCCUGCUGGCUGAGAGGAUGCUGAGGGAGAGGCAGGAGAAGGAGCAGCACAGCCAGACGCGAUCACCCAGCCCCAGCAAGGCCCAGUUCAGGCAGUCCUGGCCCACCAGAGUGGACGUUCACCAGGACGUCAGUGACGGCUUGGGGGGUCCGACUAUCUCCCACCCGGGGGGGCCGCAGUCACCCGCCCGCAGCGCCGAGAGCCUCCACAGGCCCAAAACGGCCCUGCUGGACCUCACGCAGGCGUCCAGCCACACCCAGGAGAGGGGGCUCAGGCCUCCGGUGAAGCCCCACUCCAACCCCCUCAGGUUGGGCUCUCUGACCUCAGUGACCCCCUGCAAACCUCGUAGUCCCAGUCUGUUCAGCGUGGAGGAGGACGAGGAGGAAGAAGGCUUAGAUAAAUGUUCGUCGCCCUCCUCGUUUCCCGCUCAGGUGGUGCUUCGUUGCAAAUCCUCUUCCUCCUCGUCCAUGUCGGCUUCCGCCAAUCGCCUGACGUCCCGUAUGAGCGCUCCACUUCUCAACCAGAUCCACGAGGAGGAUAAAGAGGAGGAGGAAGAGGAGGAGGAAGAGGAGGAGAGGAGGGAGCUGCACGGAUUCAGCCCGCCCAAACCCAGCCUGAGCCUCAACCUGAACUCUAGAGUACCCUCACUACCAACGCUCAUGUCAUCGCCCCAAACGGCACCGGUCGCCGCCUUCACCCCCAGCCCGGCGCCUAGUGACGACGAGACGGGGAGCCACCAUGAACCAGAUACGGCCACUGUAGGCAGACAGGCGGGUGAGGGCGGAGGGGGGAGAGAGGAUGGAGAGACAAGGGGAUCGGGGCAAUGCAGUCCCUCCAACUGCACCAGUCCUGGAUCGGGUUCUGGCCAAGGCAAGGGCCCCCCCAAGGCGGCCAGCGGCCUGGUGGAGAGCUUAAAGCUGAUGAGCCUGUGCCUGAGCUCUCAGUUCCACAACCUGACGGGGGGAGGAGGAGGAGGAGGUGGAGACGGAGGCGGCGGCGGCGGCGGCAGCGUCAGCGCCGGCGGCGUCGCGGUCGCUGACGCCCAGGACCUCCCCGUGUGGAGGAUGUGCAUGGGCGGCUCCACCGGCAGCCUGGACAAGGUCUCGCUCCUCGGCGGCCCCUCCCCACGAGGGAACCCGUACCACCAGCAGCCCCCGCUGAGGGACGCGCUGGCCGACCCGCUGCUGGAGGGCUCCUGCGCGGGCACGCUGAGGCUGGGGGAGCUGGACCUGGCCCGGGAGAACCACAGGAACAUGAAGAACCGCGUGCUGCAGAUGCCCCUGAGCGACAAGACGCUGUCCGUCAACAUCCACCGCGGCACCAAGGAGGGGCUGCUGUGCGCCCCCACCCCGCACAGCUGCUGCCAGGUCAUCUAGCCGCUCCAUCUGUCCAUCUCCUCCGCCGCCUCGCUGUUAUUUUGUGCCGUAUUUAACAUUAUUUAACACUUAGGGUGGAGGACGGGGAGGGAGUCCAAACGCCUACUUUGCACAUUCAGAGACGCAAAAAAAAACAACAACAACAAGAAAAACAGAAGUCUCCGUGGAGGACGCUGGGUGCCGAGUAUGUGAAGCACUUUCUGCAGAUUAAACACUAAAGGGGCAUUUCAACCCCGCGAUGCCCCUUCAUCACGGAAUAUGGGAACGGUGCUCACAUCCCUGCUCUUCACACACUUGUAUAUACUGUUUGUACGCACUUUGUGCACGUCCACGCGCACGCCUACAUCACUCUCCGAUAAGCUGGCAAAAGAGACACACCGUGUGUUUGUUGUGUCACGUUACGUGUUGUGCUUGAUGCUGUUUCUUUUCUCCCAGACAAUCAUUUUAUCUGUUUUUUUUUUAUAAAUUCAGAUAUUUUGUGUGUUUUUUUCAUUCAAAGAACAGGGUGAAAAUGGACUCGACGUGUCCACCACAGUGUUUUGUAGUCUUAUCACUGUUUUAUUUUUCUAUAUCAGUUAGUCCAGAGUUUGUACAUAUGUGAAUAACCUUCCUAGCAGUACUCCGUACUCGUAGUAUUGACGGUGAAGUUGUAUCGCAGUAGUGGACCUGAAUACUUAGAACGUUACACGCCAUUACUCUCCACUCCCACUGGAUGUCCACGGCGGGGGUUGAACCCCAGAGCCGAGGUUAGAGUUUAUUACACGAUCACGCGACGGCAGCUCUUUAAAUUCAAAGCGACCGGCUUCUGGGUCGGCGCGUGUUCGCCGCCGUACGUCCCGUGGCGCUCCAGCGUCGCAGUAGCCACAGUUGUAGCACGUUCCGAGACUGAAACAACAAAAAAGGGGGCCCACCGCCCCUUCCAGUGUCGGCCCGUGUGACUGGAUGCGCGACCCGCCGCCGGCGGACUAUAUACCUUGAUCGGUGCAUGCGUCUUUUGCUGUAGCAACGUUAUUCCAUCCACCUGCUGUAUCUACAUAUAAGUAACAGAUUCUCAUGGUCACUUUACCGUAGCCUCACAACGAAACCAGCGACUGCAAAAUGUACAACAAAAGUGGAUGUGCCAUCGAACCUGUCUUGAGCAUAUUGUACUGUACUGUAUAUGAUAGAUACAUAUAUAUAUAUAUAUAUAUAUAUAUAUUAAAAGGAAACUAUGUGAAA